GCACCACAGAUCCAGAUACCCCGCUACCCAGACUGUAGUCUAUAGCCACUCUUUGCCACUGACACACACAGGUUGUAUGUUUAGAGCCAUUUGAAAGGAGGUAUUAAUAGGCAAAUAGUCUCAGUUUACGAUGUCCGUAAGACUAUCGCCGGUGCAUGUGGCUCCCCGUGAUGGUGCUGGUGGUCCUGAUCUUCCUGUAUAGAUGGAACAGGCAGAGACAAAUACUGCCAUUUCUGACAGAUAAGUAUGUGUUUAUCACCGGCUGUGACUCUGGCUUUGGAAAUGUGCUGGCAAAGCAGCUGGACAGACGUGGCCUUCGGGUGCUGGCAGCCUGUUUGACAGAUAAAGGAGCAGAAGAGCUAAAAAAGGAGACUUCCAGUAGACUGAGGACAAUUAUCCUAGAUAUUUCUGACAGCCAGAUGGUAACAUCUGUUACUGAAUGGAUCACCAACUCAGUUGGAAAUGAAGGGCUCUGGGGCUUAGUAAAUAAUGCUGGGAUUGUAUUAUGUGGUCCCAAUGGACUGCAAAGAAAGGAGGAUUUUGCAAAAGUGUUGGAAGUGAACUUACUGGGUACAAUUGACGUGACAUUGCACUUGCUACCUCUCAUUCGAAGAUCCAGAGGUCGCAUUGUCAAUGUAUCUAGUGGCGCUGGGAGACUGGCUGUGACUGGUGGAGGAUACUGUUUAUCUAAGUACGGGGUGGAAGCUUUCUCUGACAGCCUACGAAGGGAGAUGUACAACUUUGGGGUAAAGGUUUCUAUCAUAGAACCAGGUGCAUUCAGAACCCAAAUGUCACAGGCUGAGAAUCUAAAGAUGAGCCUAACUAAACUAUGGGAAGCCCUCCCCCAGGAGAUCAAGGAGAGUUAUGGAGAGCAAUACAUCCAGCAACAAUGCCAUGGUCUGGAUAAACUGGUGGAAUAUGCAAGUCCAAAAUUAACUGAGGUCACAGACUGCAUGGAGCACGCUCUUACUGCUGUUUUCCCCUGGACUCGAUACAGCCCUGGAUGGGACUCCAAAUUAUACUUUAUCCCUCUUUCUUAUCUGCCUACAGCAAUAUCAGAUUAUGUGCUUCUUCACUCUACACUCAAAACAAUUCAAACAACAGAAAAACCAUAAUUACAGUGUGGAUCUACAGCUCCAUAGUAAUUGUGCGUUUUGUUUUCAAACUAUUUCCCAGCAUCCUAUCUAUUCAUGGACAGUUGCAUUUCAAUACUGUGCCCUGAGCAUGGGUGAAGGUGAAUUUUAUAGUUACGGCACUGGAUAAUGGGUUUCCCAACAAUUGAAGCUAAUUCAAAUGUAUGUUCUUUGGCAGCAUUUUUUUGCUUGGUUGUCUGUAUCUUUAGUUCUUUGUUAAUAAACAAGAGGUGUAACUGAAGGCAGUUCAGUUAUGUUCCAAAAAACCUACAUACA